AGGUUUGAAUAGAAUGAGAUCGACACUUAACCCCACGUGUCUUAGAUCUUGAGUGCCUGGGGUCACCUGACGUAGGCGGCAACCUUUCCGCCACCACCUCCAAGAUCACAACCACAACAACAUUAUUGAAGGCUACUCUCAAUUAUCCCACGAGCAUCAUAAUAACAGAUAUUGGAUCCGGAUACACGCAUCACAGGAGAGAGGAUACCACAUUUACGUCAAUAAUUUGGAAUUCUUUCAGCCUAAAGAACAACACUCGCACCAUGCCUGCCAUACCCAUCUAUACGGCCAGCCCUAUCAACCCAACCAAGGCAUCGGGUGUCACUCCCCAAACUGCGGCCCCGGAUGGUACGGAAGCGCAGGUCGGAGCGGCUCAGACGGCUCAUUCACCAAACACAUAUGCAGCUGCCCAUCCUGGAGCACAGCCCUCGUCUUCGGUCCCAACGGGAACUUCUUGGGCUCCUUCCAUCCCUCGAAUAACACCAACUACGACGGCCGUAUAUGUGAGCCCUCCGGGGCCACAGCCCGGAGCAGUUCCCACAGCUCCGAGGAGAGGAUGCGAUUUGCCGCCUCCUCCCAAGGUUGGCGAAUCGCUGCGAACCGAGCAAUGCCAGCCAACGCAGGCUCCGAGGUCUCCUCAGAUGACGGCCUACGCUCCACUCGGAGUGCCGGAGGUGCCCGCGAGACGGUCCUCAGCGUCAAUCCCGAUUCCGUCCCCGUUCUUGGAUCCGCUGGGCGGCCGCUCUGAUGGUGGGGACUUGUCGCAUCCCCCUGGUUAUCAUCAGAAUGUAAACGCUUCCGAGUUCAACAGCACACAGAGGGAGGCGCAUGACCUCGCCAUCGCAAGGGAGGAUGCCCAGAGGAGGUCAAUUUCCCACAGAGUGUCAGUGGCUAUUGAGGGGGGAGACGACGAUGACGGAGUUUGGGGCGCGGCGAAGAAGUGGGCUUCGGUAGCCGGCGAGGGGCUUGCAGCGGCCGAGCAAGAGGUUUGGAAACGGCUCAACAAGGACUGAGGGGGCCAAGGAUCUGGGCAGGAUUGCGGGUGGGCAGAGGCGAUUAUUCCGAGGUACCCUGGCGUUGCUUCUUUGUGUAAAUUAAAAUCAAAAAGAGGCAUGAGAUAAAACAAAAAUCUUUCGAGUGUUCUAUUUCCAGACCAACCGGGGGUUUAAUGGAGGGGAUGGAGGGGAUGGCGGGCACAUGCCGAGAGCUAGUCAGGGCAGAAGAGGGCCGAAGAGGGCCAGUGAGAACCUGAGGGCCACUAUCGAGGUCCUGGAUAGUGGCAUCGUCACAUCCAGGGCGCCAAAGCGAUCUCUGCGGGGGGCAGAUCGUGCCAUCAUUGGCUUGUGAUCUCCAUAUUCAGAAUCAUAUGAACCACGGGGGCGGCCACGGCUGCGGACUAGGAGGGAGAUCUAAU